AUGUUGAGACAAGUUCAAAGUCUUCCCCGAUUCCGUCUUGGCAGAACUGCCACAUGGUUGUCUAGAAAGUAUACAACAAACAGUGGUGCUCAAGCACUGAAAAUCACCGAAGAUUCGGAUUUCGCAUUUAGGAAAGACCAUGUUGAAGGUCUCACUGCUGUCGAACAAGACAGACAGUAUUAUCCGAGGUUGAGAGACGCUAUUAGAGAGCUAGCAGAUGAUGCUACACACACCAAGAUGCUAAGGGUCCCCGAAUUCAGGUCACUAUAUAGGGAUGUCACACCGGAAAAUAUCAAGGAAUUUGAAAACGACUCCAGAUAUCUACUGUGUGGGAAAAUCACCAGCAUCCGACGUGCAGGAAAGGGGUCUAUGUUCAUCGAUAUCAGGCAGGACUUUGAUAGGGUGCAGUUGAUUGUACACCAUAAGGUGAUGGAUAUAGAUAAGGAGCAAUUUCUGGACUUGCACUCGGCAUUCAGACCGGGAGAUCAGGUCAUUGCAUUUGGAAAUGUUGGUGUUACAAAAGUAGGAGAACUAUCUUUGAAACUGGUGAAGCCAUUGAAACUGGCAGCUCCUUCAUUGCAUCCUCUACCGCCCAGAUUUAACGAUGUUGGUAAGAUAAAUCAGAACCGAGUCGUUGAUUAUCUUGUUAAUAAGGACAGCGUUGAAGUUAUUCUGUUGAGGAGCCGAGUCAUACAGUUGAUUCGCCAGUUUUUGGAAGAGCGACAAUUCAUUAGUGUUGAAACACCAAUUAUAUGCAGCGGUAACAGUGGGGCCAACGCGACACCAUUUGAGACGUCUUCACAGCAUAUUGAGAACUGGAAAGAUGGGGAGAAUGCCAAACUGAAUCUGCGUGUGGCCCCCGAACUAUGGUUGAAGAAGCUCAUCAUUGCCGGGUUUGAUAAAGUAUAUGAGAUUGGGAAAUCUUUUAGAAACGAGGGCAUCGAUGCCACACACAAUCCGGAAUUUACCACUUGUGAAUUUUACCAAACCUUUAUUGGCCUGUCAGAGUUGAUGGAGAUGGGUGAAGAAAUGAUCAUUUUUAUCCUCAAUAAAAUCCUUCAAGAGUCUAGGUUCGAGCGAUUCCAUGAAACGGCUAGGGAGUUGUAUGAUAAAAUCCAGUCAAAUGGCGGUAAAUUCAGAAGGCUGGAAUUUUUAGACACUUUAGCCCAGGAGACAGGUGAAUAUCUAGCAAACAAAGACCUCAACAGGGAAGGUCUAGUGCGAUAUUACAAUAAAAUUGGACUGUCUAGACCAGACAUCAAUAGCAUGAAUGCAAGCGAACUCAUCAAUGAACUCUCUGAGAGAUUUGUCGAACCCCAAUGCAGUGGCAAAGCCAGUCAGGAUGUAGGGGUUCCCACCUUUAUUUACAACAUACCUGAGAUAUCGUCACCCUUGUCAAAGUCAGAUUCCUCGAGUGGGAUCAGUUACAGGUUCGAGAUGUAUAUAGACGGACGUGAGUACAUGAAUGCAUACGAGGAGGAAAACAACCCGUUCAAACAGAGAAGCAAGUUUAGCCAGCAGAUGGAAAACCGUCUAGCCGGCGACAAUGAAUCUCUACUUCCUGAUGAACGAUUUGUCGAGUUCAUGGAGUGGGGGAUGCCACCUACAGGCGGGUUUGGACUGGGGAUUGACCGACUUGUCAUGCGACUGGCGAGGCAGGCCAGGAUCGAACGCGUGCUUUCAUUUGGACGGAUCACCGACGUGAUUAAACAGUGA